AUUGAGGACCCAACUUAUCGCGCUGAUGCGGUCUAUGCGAAAAUGAUGUGAGGAAAUCGUUUCUUAAUUGUAAUUGAUCUUGUACUGGUGUAUACCAAACUCGCAAAUCAGCUCUCCAUUCCAAGUGUUCACUGGUAUCUUUUCGUGUGACGGAGCCGCGAUACCAGAGCUGGCUAGCUUAUAGCGCGCUGGCAGAGUUGAGUCUUACUGUUUGUAAACCUUUUGUUUUUCAAAUUAAAUUCCGUACUUUUUCCAAGAUUUUGAAUUAUUGUGACGGAUUAGUGACGUAUUCGGAAACAACCUGGCGAAUAAAAAAUAAAUCUGAUUAUCCCGAAACCAAUUAAUAUCUUAAAUUGGAACCGGAAGUUUGUGACAGCCGAUCGUAUUCCUGUUUACGACAACCGACAAGCGAUCGUAUUCCGGACGAUGUGAUACUGAUCCAGCGAGCGGAAGAGAGAGCGCUUAGUAUUUAACCGCUGGUGCUUGCUCGAGCACACAACAAUCUCUUCUAAGCUGGAGACAGACUGUGAGCGAAGAAGCCGAUGUGAUUUCCGAUAUUUCUAACACCAAAUACUUCCAGGAUAACAAACCCAGAGGAAAUUGAUAACUCCCGACUUCUGAAAUUGAAAACCUUAUUAAUGUUAGGAACAUAUCCAGCUAGAAUGUUCCGCGAGAGAUUUAGCAGUAAACUUCCAAAAAACGACAGAAAAAUGAAAAUCAUAAUUUGAAAGUCAGCACCAAGUGAUUUUGACACAUGAUUAGCAAUAAAUCAUUAGUUUUAUUUUUAACGAAAGGAUAUUGUCAUUUUGGCAACAUUUUUUGAUUUCCAGAAAGAGGGAUAUAUAUACAUUCUUGGAGGAGAGCAUUUUAUCAUUUUUGGUUUGGAGAGUGCUAAAUUAACUCGACGUUAGAGAUGGAGUUUAUGACUGAAAACGAAUAUAUCAGACAAUAUUUUGCAAUGUUAGAAGCGGAAUGUAAAGCCCGGGUUUUAUCCCAACCUGCACCGGCCGAUGGGAAGUCUUACUGCACCCCCAAACUCGACCAUUUCAUGGGAUGCUGGAAUUACACGGAAGCAGGAACCAGGGCCACCAUACCCUGUCCGGAAAUACCUGGUUUUGACUUUUUUCAGAACGCCACCUUUGACUGUCGGGAAAACGGCACGUGGAACGUAAAUCCAGCGACGGGGCGGGAAUAUGCAGAUUACUCCGCGUGCCUGAACUUCGAAAACGCUAUCAAGGAAAUGGACAAAGACGUAAUUCACAUCUACGUCACCAUAGCGCUGUUCUGUCUUUCAUUCGUCAUGAUCUCCAUAUCGCUUGUCAUAUUUUUCAAAUUCAGACAACUUCGAUGUGACAGAAUCACCAUCCACAAAAACCUGUUCAUUUCCUACCUGUUGACCGACUUAUUUUACCUGGUGUACCUGUCGGUCAUUCAUUUUGCGGAAGACGUCGUUCUACACAACCCGGACUGGUGUCAAUUUCUUCACGUCAUCACACAAUACGCGAUCGUCUGCAACUUUGCCUGGAUGUUCUGCGAGGGACUAUAUCUCCACACGGUGAUGAUGAGCGCAUUCACUUCCGGAAAGUCUGUCAUUAUCGCAUGUCUCAUAAUUGGUUGGGGAGUUCCGGUUCCGUUAACAAUUAUCUACGGUGCGGUCAGAGCAUCACUGAAGGACAAUAUCAUAGCGUGUUGGAGCAGCGAGAGCAGUUUUCUGUGGAUAAUGUACGCCCCCGUGGUCCUAUCCAUGGCGAUAAACGUUGUGUUUGUCGUGAACAUAAUGAGGCUGCUCAUCACAAAACUCAGACAGAUACCGGAAGUCGCCCAGACCAGUUUCAUCUCUAUCCACAGGAAGGCCGUCCGAGCUACGGCCAUUUUGAUUCCUCUGCUCGGCCUACAGUUUCUCAUAUUCAUCAAGCGCCCAGAGGACAAAGAUUCGACAUUGUCGACAAUAUACCAAUAUGUAUUGGCGAUAUUUGUUCCUUUACAGGGUGCUUUUGUAUCCAUAAUGUACUGUUUUUGCAAUGGAGAGGUGCGUAAGUUAAAGAACUCGUAUCAACUCUCGACCAUAAGUUCGUUUCGAAUGAGCCGAUUAUUGUCAAAACGCGCAGGUUCUUUCACUACUAAAACGAAAAUGGAAUCAACAUAACGCCAUGUUACCGGGGAAACGUAAGCGCGCGCAGUCUACUUCAGCCACACAAUACACGAUUGUUGACCCAAUGUCACAGGUGCAGACGUCUGUGACGUAAAUCUUCUGACGUCAGUCUGACAUUCUGCAGAAGGCAUUAGUGCUGAGAAACUGUUAUUAUACAUCUUCUUGUUUGUGUUUCACCGUUCUCUGUCUACAGAAAAAAAACUCGAUUUAACCAAUUUGAAACCAGAUCUGCGUUUAUAUCACUUUGUGUUCUCUGUUUAUUGACACUAACAUAGAUUGUUUAGCACUUUUGGAAAUAUAUACGUCCAAGCUUCGCCGUCUCUAUCUUUCCGCAAGCGAAUGAAUACGCGGCUUCAAGUCGAAGUUUUGGCCUCAAAUGUAUAUACUUUUCUUCAAAGAAAUUGAUCUGAGGACAGAGUUAAGUGGGUUUUUAAAAAUGUUGGAAGCACAUACGUUUAGAUUUGUACAAUAUGUCUGGCUGUGACGAUGAAUGAUCUUGCCUGGUGAAAAUUUAAACUAUAGCUGGAUUUGGGAGAUUCUGAUGCUUUGUAAUGCAUACGUGAUUCAAUAGCAUGUCUACAUUACGACUGUGUGUCCAUUACUUACAUGUACAUGUACCUUGCUACACACAACGCAGAGGGCCUGAUAGAAAAUCCCGAUGAACGCUACAUCUCGCAAAUAAGUAAACGUACUUUUUGCAUGUACGAGAUUUUAAAACGACAGUCGAAAGGAUGAAAUAUAUAAUUUCUUAUCAUGUCCAAUGAAGAAUGUAUUACAAAUAUUUGCAUCAUGAUCGCCAUUCUUGUUCGUAUAAUUUUGAUGUUUUUGAUUUAUUG